AUGGCGACGAGAUCAGUGUCAUCCCAGUUAAACCUGUGGUCGCACUCAAUUGCGUGCCUGAAGACGAGGGACAGGGAGUCUCGGCGACUGACAGCUAAUUUGCACAAGUACAAGUUGAAGGUGUCCUCUUCGUCAAAGACCGGUGCCCCCACAAGUCCGCUCUACCUGCGUGCUCUUGCUGACCUGCUCGUCAUGCUCUACCCCCUGUCUCCGGCCUUCGCCUGUGAACUCUGGGAGGGCUAUCGGGUUGCUCUGUCCCUCGCGCCUCCGCUGCUGGAGGCCUCGCUUCGACGGCAUGCAGCCUGGCCCUAUGAUCUCCAAAAAGACCUCUUUGAGCAGCCGUUUCCAGAAGCUGCGCUCGUAGAUGUUAACGCGAAGGGGAAGUUAAGCAGUUCUACCUUCUCUUCGACCUGA